AUGUCUAAAAAAAUUUUGUGUUUGCCAGGAUACUUGCAGAAUGGCAGUACUUUUGCAGCAAAAUCGUCGGGUAUAAGAAAGAUUUUGACAAAGAAAUUGGAUUGUCAACUAGACUAUGUUGAUCCAUAUCAUUCCAUUGAAUCUUGGCGUGAAUUCUCGUUUCCAAUUGCAGCCAAUGAGGAAGAAUCAGAUAAAACCUGGGCAUCAAUUGUUGAAAAAGGGAAUAAUGUUCGAUGGUUUGAACACAAAUCGCCAGGGGUGAAUCUUGGUUUGGAUGAGUCGGUGAACUAUCUUGUUGAUUAUAUUAAGAAAAAUGGACCAUACGAUGGAAUUAUUGGGUUUUCACAGGGGGCAGCCAUGGCUGAGAUUAUGACAAACACAAUAAGAAAAUUAUUACCAUCACAUCCUGAUUUUAAAAUUAGUUUGUUUAUUUCUGGCUUUUUUUUGACUGAACCUAUUAGUGAUGAUCACUCGGAAGAGAAUAGACAAAGAAUCAAUGACAUUACCGACUUGGAAGAAUAUAAGAGUCAAGUACAAAUUUCCCCAGAUGUGACUAAGUACUUUACUCCUCCACAGGACUUGAGUACUCAGGUUUUAAUGGUUUAUGGAGAAGGUGAUAACAUUGUGGCACCAGUGAGAUCUAAAUACGCAUCAUCUUUUUACAAGUCAAUCCACAUGUUUCCUCAUGAAGGUGCACAUUAUGUUCCUAACAAAAAAGACUUUCUUGAACCAAUUGUAAAAUUAUUUGACAAAACAUUGAACGAAAAGCCAGUGUUAUAG